GUCUUCACAACUUCCUGCUCUCCCCCACUCCUGGCUGAACCACCAUGGCACCAACUACUCACCUCUCCUACUUGCAGGCCCUGCUGGUGGCAGGCCUGGCCCACAGCUUGAGGGGGUCCCUUAGGGCCCAGGCCCCAGGUCCCCAGCCACUGGAGCUGAAAGAGGUCUUCGCGUUGUUCCAGCUCCAGUACAACCGCAGUUACUCAAACCCAGCAGAGCACGCCCGCCGCCUGGACAUCUUUGCCCGGAACCUGGCCCAGGCUCAGCAGCUGCAGGAGGAGGACCUGGGCACAGCCAAGUUUGGCGUGACCCCAUUCAGUGACCUCACAGAGGAGGAGUUUCGCCAGGUCUAUGGGCAACAGAAGGCGCCUGGAAGGGCCCCCAACGUGAGCAGAAAGGCAGGGCCUAAAGAGUGGGGGAGGCCAGUGCCUGCCACUUGUGACUGGCGGAAGAUGGCCAACGUCAUCAAACCCGUCAGGAACCAGAAAAACUGCAAGUGCUGCUGGGCCAUGGCAGUGGCGGGCAACAUCGAGGCCCUGUGGGGCAUCAAGUACAGCCAGUCCGUGGAAGUCUCCGUGCAGGAGCUGCUUGACUGUGGCCGCUGUGGGGAUGGCUGCGGUGGUGGCUUUGUCUGGGACGCAUUCAUAACUGUUCUCAACAACAGUGGCCUGGCCAGUGAAAAGGAUUACCCAUUCCAGGGAAACGUCAAAGCCCACAAGUGCCAGGCGAAGAAGCACACAAAUGUGGCCUGGAUCCAGGAUUUCAUCAUGCUACAGGACGAUGAGCAGAUAAUCGCCGGGUACCUGGCCACCCAAGGCCCCAUCACCGUGACCAUCAACAUGAAGCUACUGCAGCAUUACCAGAAGGGUGUGAUCAGGGCCAAGUCCAAUGACUGUGACCCCCACCGUGUGAACCACUCUGUCCUACUGGUGGGCUUUGGCAAGGGCAAGUCGGUGGCGAGGAUGCCGGCAGAGACACCCCAGGGUGGAGCCCCGGCUCAUCCUUCUCGCUCCAUCCCAUACUGGAUCCUGAAGAACUCCUGGGGGUCCAACUGGGGCGAAGAGGGUUAUUUCCGGCUGCACCGAGGAAGCAAUACCUGUGGCAUCACCAAGUACCCGCUCACAGCCCGUGUGGACAAACAAACUAAGAAGCAGCCAGUCUCCUGCCCUCCCUGAGCCUGCCCGGCCACUUCUCAGCUCUCUCCUGUGCUACCAGUUGCCUCUUGGCUGGCAAGGUUUUUGCCCAUCUUACCAAACUUCUGGCUACAGCCUAAAUAAACUAAGAUUCCCAGCUUCUCAGAGGACUUGACUGAACUGAGGGGAUGGUGGAUGAGAACACAUCACUCUCUUCCUGACAUUUCCCAGUCUCUGUGGGGCCAACCUACACACGUCCUUACACACAUAUUCUUACACCCACACCAACACUCAGAGACAUGCCCACACACACCCCUGUGCAGACACCUGACACUCACAUGCUGAGCCGUGUGCGCUCCCACACAAGCACCCCCUGGAGUAAGAAUCAGUCUCCAAACUCAUGGCAGCUUUAUUGUCAGUGUGGGCAGGGCGGGGAGGGGAGGGGCCUUAGUCAUGGUACAGGCGCAGAAGGCAGCCCCGGAGAGUGC